AUGCUGAUUACUUGCUGGUAUUUAUACAUCUCAGCUCGGAGCAUCGCCAAACAAUAUCUGAACAUGGCCUCAAUUCUGCAGAAGCUCCUCACCCCUCUGUCCAGCGGGCCUCCUGAGCUCCCCAGGAAUAAAGUGACGGUGGUGGGAGUGGGCCAGGUGGGCAUGGCCUGUGCUGUCAGCAUCCUGCUCAGGGAGCUGACGGAUGAACUGGCGCUGGUGGAUGUGAUGGAGGACAAGCUGAAAGGAGAGAUGAUGGACCUGCAGCACGGCAGCCUGUUCCUCAAAACCCCCAAAAUAGUCGCGGACACAGAUUACUCUGUGACGGCAAACUCCCGCAUCGUGGUGGUGACGGCUGGGGUCCGUCAGCAGGAGGGGGAGAGCCGGCUGAACCUCGUCCAGAGAAACGUCAACAUCUUCAAACACAUCGUCCCUCUGAUCGUCAAAUACAGCCCCAACUGCAUCAUCAUCGUGGUUUCCAACCCAGUUGAUGUGCUGACCUAUGUGACCUGGAAGCUGAGUGGCCUUCCUAAGCACCGAGUCAUCGGCAGCGGCACGAACUUGGACUCGGCUCGCUUCCGCUUCCUGAUGGCGGAAAAACUGGGGAUCCAUCCCAGCAGCUUCAACGGCUGGAUCCUGGGAGAGCACGGAGACACCAGUGUUCCUGUGUGGAGUGGAACCAACGUGGCCGGAGUAAACCUGCAGACGUUAAACCCGGAGAUCGGCACAGAGAAUGACGAGGAGAACUGGACGGAAACACACAAGAUGGUGGUGGACAGCGCCUACGAGGUGAUCCGACUGAAGGGUUACACCAACUGGGCCAUCGGUCUGAGUGUGGCCGACCUGACGGAGAGCCUCAUCAGGAACAUGAACCGGAUCCACCCGGUCUCCACCAUGGUGCAGGGCAUGUAUGGCAUCAGUGACGCUGUGUAUCUGAGUCUGCCCUGCGUGCUGAACGGCGGGGGCGUGGCCAGCGUUGUCAACAUGACCCUGACGGAGGACGAGGUGUCCCAGCUGCAGGAGAGUGCCAGCACCCUGUGGGACAUCCAGAAGGACCUGCAGGACGUCUAGCUGCACAGCAGGGGGCGACGUAGCUGAGCCCUCCUGUUGUGUUAUCACUCUGCAUUCACGAGCACAGCUCCACCUUCAAAACACCGCCCUCUGUCGACUCACAGGGAGUUUAAUCCCGUCAGAUUUAGCUGUAGCUGUCAGUGUGUGAUGGAGGAAGUGCUGCUCUGACUCAUUUGUCCUCGGCUGUACUGCUGUGUGUCACUCGUGGUGCUUUGGUGUGUGAAAGAGCAAGUUUGUGGUCACUUUAACAGCAAACUGCAUGGGUUCAGUUAUUCAAUAGUGAAGGGAAAACAAAAAGGCUUAUGUAAAAGGGUCAAAUUUAUAAUCCUAUAACGCUGUGCACAUAUAACACAAAGCUCCUGAAGGGAUUUCACUGAAUCACUGCCCAAUAAUUAUUAUUUGGAUGUAUUAUCACAGACAGAAAUGCUAUGCGUCUUUAUUUGUAUAAACGAGAACAAGAACAUUUGGAUAAUAAUAUCAGUCAUCUUGCUAGCAAGGUAACAACAGCUGUAAAACAGAGUAAUGGAAGAUCUAUGAAAGAUUAUGGUGCAACUAUCUCUGCAGUUAUAUAGUACAUAUAUAAUAUCUCUGUACGUCUUUGAAUAACUUUAAGGAUAGACAUGUGCAUAAUGUCAGCAGGGGAAAGGUGACAUUGAUCAAAUAUAGAGACGACACUGGAUGGAUUAUGUGUUUAAUGAUGGGGUUUUCUUGCACAGAUUGUUAUGCACACGAUGCAAAAUAAGGUUGAUCUGAUAUUUCCUCCCACAUUUAUCAGCUCUGACAUGUCUGGUUAUGUUCAUUAUAUACAAAUAAAA